AUGCUUUUUGGCUACUUUCAAUUGUAUUUUAAUGCAGUCCAUGAUGUCAACGUGUCGAUGGCUUGAAAAGAGAAAACAACUCUUGUUUGUCUGCAACUGUGAGUAUUAAUGGAGUGGAACUUGAAAGCUGCUUCAUGGGAUUUGAGUGAUUUUGUUGAGGAAACUGUGACAAACACAGAUGCAACCAAUGGCAAUGGACCAAGUGGCUGUAAAUUUCUUCGCUCUAAAGGGGAUUUCAGUGUUGAUUUGGAGCUUGGUCAAGUGGGAAAUUCAGGAGAAAUUCCACCUGACAGAUGGAAGGAGCCUGGAGUUUUGAGCCCGGAGUCUUCGAGUUCGAAGAAGGCUCGAAUGAACGACAUCGGGACUCGUUCGGUUUCGUGCAUCGUUGAUGAAUGCGAUUCGGACCUUAGCAAGUGUAGGGAGUACCAUAGGCGCCAUAAGGUAUGUGAGCUCCACUCUAAGACUGCAGAAGUUUUGAUCAAUGGCCUAAAGCAGCGUUUUUGUCAACAAUGCAGCAGGUUUCACUCACUGGAGGAGUUCGAUGAUGGGAAGAAAAGCUGCAGGACGCGUCUCGACAGGCAUAACCGGAGGCGAAGGAAGCCUCAGCCAGAUCCCCUCUUACGUUCUCGAAGUUGUUUCCCCAAUUACCAAGAUUCCCAGAUGUUGCCAUUCUCUAGUUUGCAAGUAUAUACAUCCACUGCUGUGGUGAAAGCUACUUGGCCUGGAGUAAACAACUCCGUGGCCGAAUCUAGGUGUCUUAACCCGAAGCAGCCAAUAAACUCGCCUGCAAAACAAAACCUUGUUCUAGGAUCCUCUUCAAGCAACUACAGAGAAGGUAAGCAAUGCACGUUCCUGCAAGGGGAGGAUCAAACACCUGUGAAAGCUUCCGUUUGCCAGCCAGUUCUCGGGGAUGUUGCGCCUUUCUCUGAAGGCAAUGGGAGCUGCCAUAGCUUGUUGUGUGACAGGUUAACACCUCAAGUUCAGGAUUCAGAUUGUGCUCUCUCUCUUCUGUCGACUCCACUGUCACAUACAUCUGGGAUGGGUUCAAGUAACACGGUGCAGCCUCAGUCAUUCCCUUCAGUGCAAUCCAUGGGUCCGAGCCUGCGAAACUACAUUAUAGAGCCAAUGGGUUCAGUUAUUGCCAAUGUCAGCGCGACUACUACGGUCCACGGCUCAGGAAUGUUUCACUUGGAUUCUGGUGAAUCAUCUGGAAGUGAAGCCCCUCCAACUCUUCCCUUUCACUGGCAGUAGGAAAUUUGGAAACUUUGCCCCCCUCAAACUCUUCCCUU